AUGCAUUGCAUUUACAAUAAUGGGAAUCGUCAUACAGAGGCUAGAAGCAAUGAAAGCCAGAAGAAUGGGUUUUCGGAGUGGUUCCUUGAAAGCCAGAAGCAACGAAAUAUGACGCAGGCGAAGAAAAAGAAUGGCGAGAAAGGUGUAGUUGUUGUCUCUGCAGCCGGCCAGUCUUCCAUUGGCCCAGUCUCCGAUGCUACCUCGGGUGUCUUAACCUCGCCCAUGGAGCUCCUUUAG